GUCAUAAUGAGGCAGAUUGUGAUGUCAUCAGUGCAUCUUAUUUUUCUUGGGGACUGUUAAAUAUUUUGAUAACUGCCGGACGGGAGUUGUCCACUACACAGUCCAAGGUCUGUGCUCGUCUCUGUCGAAGAGGGGAGUACCUUCUUACUUUGUGUCUACAGUAUUGUUUGAAAUUCUGUUGUUUUCCCAUGGAACAUCCUAAUGAACCGCUGUAAACUUUCAGCACUGCUGCUCCUUGGCCUGUCGGCUGGUGGGGCUGCAGUUGCCUUCAGCCUGUGGGCCCGCAGGAAGAAUGCCAGGAAGGGCCCCCUCAGAGGGGAAGCUGAACUAGGAGCAGAGGCGGCCCAGCAGGAAGUUUGGGGAACGGUGCCCAGUGUUGAGCAAGUGGAGCCUGAAAGCGGGAGAUGCUCUGGUCUCGCAGUCAUACUCGAGACAGAUCUGGAGUAUGGAAGCUCAGAUCCAGAGUUUAGUGAGUCGGAAGAUGAAAUGGGAGAUCUGUGUCCAGGUGAGAAUAAUCUGUAUUUACAGGCAGGUUAUUCAGAGCUCAGCACUGGGAAUCUGAAUAUAGAAACAGGGAGCCAGAAUAUGGCUGAUAAUAUGGAAGAAAGGGACAAAGGAAAGCAGCAUGGAAUUAGUCCUCAAGAACAGCCAGGUGGAAAGCCAGGUCCCGAGUCAGCCCUCAGGAAUUUUCUUCCAGAUGUGGCCAGCCCAACAAUGACCCAAGUGGGUGAAAAUAAGGAUACCGGCGAUAAGAACAUGAUAAAUGAAAACCACAAUGAAGGAAUGGUUGCAGAGGAGAAAGUGGAAAAUGAAAACAAAGACAAUGUAAUUGUCACAGAAGAGAAAGUGAGAUGUGACAGUGAGGAUCAAGAAGUGGGUGGCGAAGAACAAGUGAAGAACGAUGAAGAGAGCCCAGAUUGUGGAACAGGUGACGCUCCAAUGGUGCUGAUGGGAGAGAGAAGAGUGCCGUUGAGCAGAAGUCUUGAAUCUGUAGGAGAAAAGCCGAUAUUUGAACAAAGAAGGUCCAUGGAGGUGAGAUCGGUGGAGCACAGGAAGAAACUGAACAAGAGAGGAGAUCCACCAAGAGGUCAAAAAUUCAAUACAGAUUGGCAGAGAUGUGGACAGCCAGAACGCAGAGAUGAGGAAGUGGAUUUCACAAUUUAUAAACCGGUGGCUGAAGAUAUGACACUACGAUCAGGAUUCGGGAAAGAGGAGUCAGUAGCUGUCACAAACGACACAGAAGUUUCGAAUCCAAAUUCUUUCAUUAAAGCUGAAGACUUGUUCGUGGAUGAAGGUAUUAGAGCCAUGCGCAGAGGGAGUCAUCUGCUGAAGGUCAGGUCUCCCUCAUGGAUGAGAUUCCGCUUGUACAAGCUGCAGAAGGACUAUCAGACAGUGUGGUACAGCUCAGAAAAGAUCUGCAAGUGGGCCAGGAACCAAACCUUCUCGAUUUAUGACAUCGAGGAGGUGAGGGCAGGUCACCACUCAGAGGUGACCUCGGAGAAUCGCAGUGAUUACAACUUCAGCAUCAUCUUUAAAGGAAGGGAAAAGAACUUGGACCUGGUGGCCAACAGUGCCAUGGAAGCUCAGUACUGGAUUGAUGGCCUUAAUAAUCUGAAGAUGUACUACACCAGAAGGGAACGGAGAGAGCAGAACAGCUACAUGGUCAGAUAUCAGCUGGAGGGUCCCAACAGAGUCAAGGCCUACGACAGCUGUCCGGACUGCUCACGUGCUGCAAGAUCAUCCAUUGCAGCAGGUUUGAAGGUGCCACCAGCAACCAGCUCCUGGAUGAGAUAGUAUCCUUCAUGGAAACUACGUUCGAUAAACUGGUGCAGGACUCAGGUAAUU